AUGCCUAAAGAUCGUCUAGAUAUAGACGAAUCUCACAAAUGGUUAUUGCACACUGCCGCCGAUAAAGGCUGUCUCGACGUGUGCAAAAUGUUGAUUGAGAACGGAUACGACCCCCGCUUGCGCAAUGAUCGAAUGGAGCUCCCACUUCACUUGGCUGCACAAUCAAAUAGCGCUGAUGUUGUGCAGUAUCUACUUGGACUCGCUCCUGACACCAUCGAUGAUGAGAGCAACCUCCCGAGCUUCACACCAUUUCUCACAGCCGUAAAUUACGAGGCACUCGAUACAGUAAAGGUGCUCGUUGAACAUGGUGCCAAUAUACUACUCAUCGACAGAGAGGGACGAACGCCCAUCAUGAGCGCUACACAGCAUAGUGCUGUUGAUAUGCUGUCGGUAAGUGUGUUGUGUUGAAU